AUGUCAUCUCGUGACGAAGUCAGAUUAGUUCCAUUACGUAAAAUCAAUCCAAACGUAGCAGAACUUAUCUGCCAUACAUACAUUUCCGAUUUUCUGAAAAAAGUAUCUCGAUCAUCUGCACAACGUAAUGCUCAUUACAAUGGAACAAUUAAAAUGGUAUAUGAGAGCUGUCUCUACGACGUUAUUGUUACUGGUAAUCCAGAUGUGAGUAAAAGUUAA